AUGUCUGUCUCAUCUCCCGACAACGGUUCUUUUCAAUCCCCUUUCGCCAGCAUGUCUUCGAACGCCUCAGAUCACUCCGGCCGCAAUUCUCUGCGCCCCAACUCCAUUCAGAGAGUUCCGUCGACAAAUUUGAACUUGAUGAGCCCCAGCGAUAUUGUUGGACCUUCACCAGUCACUUCAACAGGUACUGAAACAACAGAAAUCGAGGACGAAGAGGCGGAGGAGGUUCAGGCCCGGCCUAAUGUUACCAAUCCGGCACCACAUCCUCAGCUCAUGAUGCUCUCGACCAACAUUCCCGAUCAUUUGCGGCAGAGUAGCAGUGAAGAAGCCGUAUCAGUCAUACAUGCGCCGGAAAGCUUCCAUAGCUGGGUAAAAAUCGACGAGGCUAGAGAAGUAGAGACCGAUACCGAAAAUUACGACGAAGAGCCCUUCGCUACCCCUGCCUUGCCUCAGGAGGAUUCGGAAAUCAGGGCUCUACGAACCGCUCUCCAAGAGUGCUGGACAUUGUGUAACACGUUAGCGAACUUGAGCUCGAUUCAUCGAACACGGAUGUUCAAUAGCUCAGGUACUCCCGAUGCUCACGAAAAAGCUUGGAUGGCGUGCUGGAGGCUUUGCCAGCGCCUGUAUGACAACCGCGACGAAGACCACUAUGAUCACCACGUCCGAGAGAAUCUCGAUCAUUGCCGAGACUUUUGCCAGUCCCUUUUCGACGUCCGGCAGAGGAAGGAUGAAGUUGCUGAUUCUGUUUUGAGAGUCAGUUUUGAACUGAAUAACCACGCUCAGGACAUCCAGAACCUCCCAGAACCCUUCCGGGAGCGUACUUUAGAUUUCUAUAUUACUCUUUGCCAUCGAUUGAUGAAACAGCGAAGCGAAUUGGCCGAUGAGACGGACUCUUUGCUGAAGGCGUGUUGGUCACUUGCCGAGAUGCUUUUCAGUCUGAGACAGAAUAAGCGUGACGGAAGAGCUCCUGACGAGGAGCUCUUGUGUUCUGCGGUACAGGCAUGCUGGGAGCUUUGCGACCUCUUCAGAGACGGGUGGACUCAAGUGCGGCCAGACCGAAACACCCCACGACCGAGCCAGACGAGCUUCUUCGGCCAUCAGCAGCAGUAUGAUCAACCUGCUCGAGGUGAGAGCAGAGCGUCGAACCGAUCAUCAUACUCAAAGAGGGAAAGUCACAAAAGCCUGACCGAGGAACGGCCACGGAAGCCGCCACCAGUUCCUGAAACUCCCGUGACCGAAUUUGAAGACACGCCGAUCUCUCCAGAGAGCUCCUCACCCCGAGUGCCAAAUAUUCUUGUUCUAGGCACAACAUCUGAUAGCGGACGCGGGGGACGGUGGUCAAGCAGCGCUUCGCAAUUGUCGAGCUACUCGCAAAGCAGCAACAAGACAUCAAGCACGGCAACAACGACUACGGCAGGCGAGGACAGCAACAGCAACCGCAUCAAAGCCCUCGUCAUUAAGGCUGCCAUGAACGUUGGCUUUACUCGAGACCCGGCUCUUGACAGUAAAGCCGAGAAGUCAGCUCUCCAAGCCUUUGUCAAGCAUAUGCCCACGGGCUCCUUCGGGUCCUUGCCUGCGCACUCGACACUUUUACAGCACUACAAGAACCUCGUGCAUGCCGAUUCGGCGUUCAGGGGAUCCUCGCUGCUUCCGGCCCAUGGCAAACGUAUCUCGGCGCAUGACCUGGCCAAAAGCGUUCACUACAUGAGCCAAAGAUCUAGCCAGUAUAUAUUCUUGCGCGACCUGUACAGGCUCGUGUUUGGCUUCCCACCAGAGGAGGGCGAGUCGAGGAAAUCAACAACCAUCGUGGUCUGA